GGGCUGGAUGUGUUUUUCCUCCUGACAAGUAUAAAUGGCCUCAGUGUUUACACUUAGAUAUUAGAGCUCUUGUGUUGCUGUCAUCGCCUCAAAGUCAAAAUGUCUCCGCCGUGCAACAGCACAAUGUGUUUCUCAUAACUCGAGUGUUGGUAAAGACACUGGUCAAACUUUUCAGGCGACAUUUGAUUUUUUUUCUCUCCAGACAUUUUGUUGUUGUUUUUUUCCUCCCUCCUUCACUUGUAACUGAAGAAGACGCGUCACGAGGAAACUUCUGCACAAGGUCAUCUUAAAGUUGAGAGAAGGUCUACGUUGAAGGUGGCAGCCAUGGUGUUGAUUCUGGGCAGAAGAAUGAUCAGGGAGGAGCCAGGGAUCAGAGAUUCACCAGCUGUCAAACGCAAGGUUUUUGAGGUUGAUUCCAAGACUCUUGUCAGCCAGGAUGUCUUGGACUUCUGCUCUGGCGCAUCCCACUCCGAGGGCAUCCUGCAGGUGUUCAAUGAGUUUCGCGACUGCCGCCUGUUCACUGAUGUGGUCAUCAGCGUGCAGGGCCGCGAGUUCCACUGCCAUCGCGCUGUGCUCUCCGCAUGCUCCUCCUACUUCAGAGCUAUGUUCUGCAAUGAUCACCGCGAGAGCCGCGAGAUGCUGGUGGAGAUCAAUGGCAUCCUGGCCGAGGCGAUGGACUCCUUCCUCACCUAUGUUUAUACUGGCCGUGCAAAGAUCACCACUGAGAAUGUCCAGUUCCUCUUCGAGACCUCCAGCCUCUUCCAGAUCACCACACUGCGCGAUGCCUGUGCAAAGUUCCUGGAAGACCAGUUGGACCCGUGCAACUGCCUGGGCAUCCAGCAAUUCGCAGAUGCUCAUGCCCUGAAGCAGUUGGCCAGCCGUUGCCGCAGUUACGCCCUGGCCAACUUCUCAGAAGUAGCUCAGCACGAGGAAUUCCUCGACCUGCGCAAAGAGGAGCUGGAAGAGUACAUUGCCAGCGAUGAGCUGUCCAUUGGUAAGGAGGAGGUCGUGUUCGAGGCCGUGAUGCGAUGGGUGUACCACAGCGUGGAGAACAGGAAGCCCAUGCUGAAGGCCCUGCUGCACCAUGUGCGCCUGCCGCUUAUGCACCCCAACUAUUUUGUCCAGACGGUAGAGGGAGAUCAGCUUAUCCAGAAUGCUCCAGAAUGCUACCAGCUCCUCCAUGAGGCCAGGCGCUACCAUGUGCUAGGAAAUGAGAUGAUGUCACCCAGAACUUGUCCACGCAGGUCGACCGGCUUCUCUGAGGUGAUCGUGGUGGUGGGCGGCUGCGAGAGGGUGGGGGGCUUCAACCUGCCAUACACUGAAUGCUAUGAUCCAGUCACAGGAGAGUGGAAGUCACUGGCUAAACUUCCUGAGUUUACCAAGUCAGAGUACGCUGUCUGUGCCCUCCGCAACGAUAUUCUGGUGUCAGGUGGUCGUAUCAACAGCAGGGAUGUGUGGAUGUACAACUCGCAGCUCAACCUCUGGAUCAGAGUGGCUUCUCUUAACAAAGGCCGCUGGAGACACAAGAUGUGUGUCCUCCUGGGCAAGGUCUAUGCCGUGGGAGGCUAUGAUGGCCAGAGCCGCCUGAGCAGUGUGGAGUGUUAUGACUCCUUCUCCAACCGCUGGACAGAGGUGGCACCAAUGAAAGAGGCAGUCAGCUCUCCUGCAGUGGCCAGCUGUGCCGGCAAGCUCUUUGUCAUUGGAGGAGGGCCCGAUGACGAAACUUGCUCAGACAAGGUUCAGUGCUAUGAUCCAGAGGAAAAUUCUUGGUUACUACGGGCCAACAUCCCCAUCGCCAAGCGCUGUAUCACGGCAGUGUCCCUCAACAACCUGAUCUAUGUGUGCGGUGGCCUCACCAAGUCUAUAUUCUGCUAUGACCCCGUAGAGGACUACUGGAUUCAUGUGGUUCAAACCUUUAACAAACAGGAGAGCUGUGGCAUGUCAGUGUGCAAUGGUAAGAUCUUCAUCCUUGGCGGCAGAGGGGAAAGUGGUGAAGCUACAGACACCAUCUUGUGUUAUGACCCAUCGUCAGGCAUCAUCACCGGAGUGGCCGCCAUGCCACGGCCAAUCUCCUACCAUGGCUGUGUCACCAUCCACCGCUACAAUGACAAGUAUCACAGGACCUGACAAUGAUUAAACACACCGACACACUUACUCUCACAUGAGAGCACAAACUAUACAACUUUAAUUCUUUGAAAUUCACGUUGUUCACGCUUACCCCAUGUACAGCACAAAUACAGUUUCAUACUUUUUCUUACAACGGGCACAUUUUAUCACCCCUUUAGUUUAUGUAAUUUUUCACAGCUUCAUGUAGCAGUUGUCGAUAUGGUGCUGUAAAAUUUUCAUUGUUGUGCACCAUACUUAUAAUAGCCCUUCUGUGAAAAUGCUUAGAGGUUGAUAAUGUUAAUGAAUUGCCUGGAUAAAGUGGAGUUAGAUCAAAAUGGCAGAUUUGUCUCGCAUUAGUAGUAACUGCACAAGGUUGGGGAGUAAUGGAUCAUGCAGGAUUAAAGAAACCUGAUCAUGAUUUAUGUUAUCAAUGUGAUUGCAGAUAUCCAGGGAAAACAUGACUAGUUGUUGAGUUCUCAACAAAACAAAUUAUGCCAGUAUGAAUACAAAUUUAACCUUGGAGAUUACUUAUUUACCUUUGGAAAACAGGUAAGAAGUAAGAUAUUGUAAUAAGAAUUUAUAAACUUACGGUUCACAUACUACCCAUAGCCAAUCAAGUCUUCUGUUUACAUCUGACCCUCGAUCUGCUGAAGAAGCCCUUCAGGUUUAAAACUCAAUUAAAAGCUAAGCUAAUGUUAGUUCAGAAUGUUUUCUCACAACACUUGUAAACAUUCUUAAAAAAAAUGAAUUCUGCUAGAGGAUGGUAAUCUUAUGAUUCAUACAGUUAACAUUUUGCCAAUAUAGCCAAACAUUUUUACUGUGAUACUGGUUACGAGCCGGUAAUAAGUUUAACAGUGAACUUCCCAACAAUGUGCUUUUAUUACUAUAAAAAGAAACCUCACCUUGAGAUCUGGGUACCUGACGAGCUAAAGCGAACACUGAUAGUGCUAAUGAACAAAAACAGUGCCUUGUAGUAACAGUUACCAAGAAUCCAUACAAAGCCCAGAGUGAUCUGCCAGCAGAAGCAAAAAUUAUGAGAGAAAGAUGCAGCCAGGUCAAACAUCUGACCUUGUGACCACUGCACUCCAUGCAGAUGUGUAGAUUCAGUAGAGCACAGCACUGGUAAAGAUUAUUAAAAAAAAGUACUGUCCUCAAUUUUUAUCUCUUUUCCGUGACACUGAAAUGGACCUGUUAAAAAUGUGGUGAACAGUCAGCCAGCUGCUCAUCAGUCGUCAUAAAUACAAGUUGCUCUUACCCAGGGUUAGGAGAAGAGAUAAAGAGUGGAGGCUGUAACAUAUAAAAAACAUAUAUUGGAACACAGCCACUAUUAGCACUGCCCACUUGUUUCCUUUUGUCUCAUACCCCUGCACUUAUCACUUAGUUUCACAUCCUGUGUGUGGUUUUUAUUUCCCGACUCCAGCUGUGUCACCAUCUCACAUUGAUAUCUACUUUUUAAGCUUUAUUUUUUAUCAUUAUUGUUAUUACACUCAUUCCUGACAUUUUUGUUUCUUUAUUUUUAACUUAUACAUAAUUUUUACUUUUUUAUAAUUGGAUGCGUGUUGUUUUGUCUGUAACUUAAGUGUGUCUAUCGACGUUCGUUGAUUGGUGGACUGGGCUUGUGAGGGGUUUUGUAGAUGUGAGAAGCCUUUGUAGAUCAAACUCAAAGACUGUUUAGAAUAAGUGGUGUGUUUGUUACAUAGGCUAAAUGUAAAGAUGGACGACAUGACGGCUCCCCAAAAAUGAAGCCAAAGCAUCUCGAUAGCCACCUGAUGGGUAGCUGCAGUAUAGGUCAUAUCCUGUCUCCUCUGUUUGGAGUGGAUGGGAUAUGGACCAAACUAAAAAGUCAAAGUGCACAUCAAAUACAUGGACAGGACGGACCCAGACUCUGGCUCAGCAUUUGUAUUCGGGAAAUUUUUGCUUCCUGUCUGGAUAGAGGGAGAAAGUGGAGAAGUGUCUUGCAUCUUUAUGUACAGUCUAUGAUUUAUUAUGCAUGUAUGUAUAUAUGUAUGGGUCUGACUUUUAUGGUUCAGUCUGGAUGUGUUGGACGUUCCAGUGUAAGCAUUACAAAGACUUACUUGUGUUAACAGAACUCUGAUGCUGGCAACUCUCACCUGUACCGUACAUGUAAUGAUGUAACUCGGGGUAACCAUAGAGACCUCCAGGUGUGUAUGUGUUGAUAUGUUUACUGGUCAUCUAAGGUGGCGUGUGUAGCAGUGCUAUACCUCACGGGGGGAAUUCAGAGUUCUGAAUGAGAAGGAUUGUCAAUUGAGUGGCUUAUGGUCAGUAAAAGUCACCUUUUUACAAGAUUUGGUGUUGAUAGAGUAGAGAUAUUGCUGUGAACAUAACUUUAUUCUUUUGGUUUCUUUGUUUAACCGGUAUUUAAAUGUGUAUCUUUCUUGGUUACAUUAUUGUCUAAAACUAAGAGCCCCAAUUGUGCACUUUGACAGAAUCCUGUUAAAUGUAGAAUAAUAUGAUAAUGAUUUCCUUUGUAUUGUUUUACUGUAUCAGUAAAUGUUCUUUGCUUUCAUGUGACGUAAGAAUCGGGGCCUGUCAGCUCCUCCUGUUGGCCACCACCUGUCAUAGCUCUAUAAAAUAACAAAACAACAAAGUUAGCUGCAAGAAAAUAAUGCCAUGGGUGAGUAAGAGUUUAAACUUUAUGGUGACAGGUCAGGGAUUUGCUUCCGUCUGUCAGUCACACUGACAAAAUACGGGGGUGUGGGGGACUUCAGCCUAAACCAUCCCUCAGGCAUUUUUUGAGAAGGUCAUCAACUGUAGCACACGCUCAAAGUAAACAUCCCCAGGCCCUCACAUCCUCCUCCGAAGAGUGACAUCCUGAGGGUUACGCAGGAGACCAACAAGAGGAGGCUAAGGGCUGAGGAAGUGGUAACGCAAAAGAGAUGGAGUUUGUGAGAGAGAAAGAGAGAGAGAGAGAGUUUAAGUGUAUGUGCGUCUGUGAUUUCACCGAGUAUUUGAUGCAGAACGUGACACUGUCCUUUAAUGUUGAUUAGUUACUGUGUUGAGACUUUCAUAAACUGUUUAUGCUUUUGGAUAAGAUUGUGUUAAUGUUUCUUGAUUUAUGUGGUGAAUUCUGGGUCUGUGUGUUGCCAUGAUAUUUUAAGUCCCACACACUAACGGCAUGCCUUACGUGAAACUCUGAAGAGCAGAGUUUUAAAAGCGAUAGAUGCAGAUUUAAGACAAAAUGGAUUUGAUGAAAUCCCAAAGAUGACUUUGUUGAAAAAUGUGCGACCAUGCCAGUUGGUGGCGUUAACCUGUUAACUGCAUAAUGCUGCCCUAUGUGCCUUAUAAUUAAAACAAAUGUGGGGAAUUCAAUCAGAUAAUUUUGGUAUAAACUUUUACUAUCACGUUUUCCUCAGACGCUCUUUGUCUAACUGUGGGAAAGCUUUGAUUUUUAUAUUCUGCAGUAUGUUAAAAUGUAAUGUUUGAGUUGUGUAAGAGAAACAUCAAUAAAGUUUUUCUGUCUU